GGGUCGGUAGGGGGCGGUAUUGAGGCUGAGCUGUUGGGUGAAGUGAGCUGGAUCUGAGCGGUGUUGGAGGACUCAGUUUAAACAGGUGUGUGUUUGAUUGGACUGAAUGCAGAAGAGUGUAGCAGUUCUGGGGGGUGGGAUCGGGGGUCUGUCCGCCUGCUACCACCUCAGUAAGAGCUCACAGGUGUCUAAGGUGGUGCUGUUGGAGGCGAGUGGGCGCUGUGGGGGCUGGCUGAGCUCCAGUAGGAGGGAGGAUGGAGCCGUGUUUGAACACGGGCCCCGGGGGGUCCGACCGGCCGGCGCCGCCGGGAAAAACACCUUAAACAUGGUGUGUGAUCUGGGUCUGGAGAGUGAGGUUCUGCCGGUUCCUCACGACCAUGUAGCCUCCAAAAACCGCUACCUCUACGUCCGCGGACAGUUACACAAGAUGCCCUCAGGACCCGGUGGGGUUGUGACCACCAUCCCUCCGUUCUCCCGUCCCAUAAUCCUCAGCGUGCUGAAGGAGGUGCUAGUCAGUAAGGGGAAGGAGGAAGACGAGUCUGUUCACGCUUUCGUCACCAGAAGACUGGGCUCUGAGUUAGCAGAUAUAGCGAUAGACGCUCUGUGUCGGGGGGUGUUUGCGGGGGACAGCAGGAAGCUGAGCGUUCGCUCGUGUUUUCCGCCGCUAUACACUGCAGAACAGAGCCGGGGGUCCAUCGUACUCGGCAUGCUGCUGGGGUCCGGAAAGCGCCCCCCGGUGGAUUCCUCUGCGCUGGUGCGACGGGCUCAGAAGGAGCGCUGGGCUCAGUGGAGUUUAAGGCGGGGCAUCCAGGCACUUCCUGAGGCCCUGGAGGAGGUGCUGAGGGGGCGGGGCCAGGUCGAGGUUCAUAAACACGCCCCCGUCAGGAGACUGGACAAAACUGCAGCCGGCUGGGAGAUUAAACUGGAGGACGGAAUCACUCUGAAAGCUGAUCAUGUGAUCUCUGCUCUACCUGCCUCAGCCUUAGCCUCAGUGCUGCCCCCUGCUGCCGAGCCACUGUCAAAACAGCUUCUGGAGAUUCCCACAGCGACUGUAGGGAUGGUCAACCUGGAGUUCAGCGGCUCUGUGCUUCCAGUAACGGGUUUUGGUCACCUGGUUCCCUCGUCUGAGGAUCGGGGGCUGUUGGGGGUGGUGUACGACUCCAUCCCAUUCCCUCAACACAACCACUCAGGAGAACCUUCAACCAGACUCACAGUGAUGAUGGGCGGAGCUUGGUUCGAGGAGGUAUUUGGUGAUCCUGAUAAAGUGACGGAGCAGGUCCUGAUGGAUCGAGCUUCUGAAGCCGUGCGGAAACACCUGAGCAUCACUCACUCACCUACCUGGAGCAAAGCUGCCGUCCUGAAGAACUGUAUUCCUCAGUACCACGUGGGACACUGGAAGCGUCUCGAAAUGAUGAGGAGGUUCAUCAGCGACGCCGCUCUGCCGCUCACUCUGACCGGAGCUUCUUACGACGGCGUUUCCGUAAAUGAUGUCAUAAUGAGUGGGCGGGACGCAGCAGAGGGACUGGUGGGGAAAGUCUGAACUGGUGCAUUGUGGGUAAAGGUGGUGUGAAGUGAUUAUGGGGCUGUUUCCCAACGUGAGGAUAAUACACACUGGAUUACCGCUUUAAAACCCAUUGAUGUCCAUUUCUGAAGUUCUGAGUGCGGCAGUUUAACACACGCACACCUGUUUAAAGCAGCGGCCAAUCACGUACAGCAUACUCUCAACCGGAAACCACCAUCCAUCUGGACUAUUGCAUCCAGCACUGAGGAGCUGAUCCAUCCAUGUCUAUAUCAGCGUACAGUCACUCGUAUAUCUACAGGUGCAUCUCAAAAAUUUUGAAUAUCAUUGAAAAGUUACUUUUUUCGGUAAAUUAGUUCAAAAAGUGAAACUCUUAUAUUAUAUAGAUGUAUUAAACGCAGAGUGAUCUGAUUUUAAGUGUUUAUUUCUUUUAUUGUUGAUGAUUAUGGCUUACAGCCAAUAAAAACCCAAAAAUCAGUAGCUCAGAAAAUUAGAAUAUUAUAUAAGACCAAUUGGUACUUUUGGCAGUGUGGGCAGUGUGCCAAGUCCUGCUGGAAAAUGAAAUCUGAAUCUUGAUAAAGGUUCUCAGUAGCAGAGGGAAGCUGUACGAUAUGAAGUGCUGUAAGAUUUUGUGGGAAAACAAAACUGCACUGACUUUAGACAAGGGAUCAUCGACAAUAAAAGAAAUAAACGCUUUAAAUAGAUCAUUUUGUGUGUAAUACAUCUAUAUACUAAAUGAGUUUCAAAUAAAUUCACUGAAAUAAUCUAAUCUAAUCUAAUCUUUUUAAUGAUGUAUUGAUUUUUAAUGAUAAUUAUUUUUUUUGAGAUGCAGUUGCAUAUACUCACACUUAUAUCCAGUAUCUAAAUUACUUGUAUUUUUAGACUGAGAACAUGAGAACACGGAAACUCCACCCAGAUAGGGACUUGAACCCGAGACAACAAAACCGAAUGUAGGAGAGAUUUAGUGUUAGUGCUGGAGGUAAAACUAAACUAGCACCUUUUAAAAGUGUAUUUUACCUUCUACAGAUCUGUUCCAACCAUUUUGACUAAUUUAAACGCUUUAAUUAAAGGUUUUACGUUCUAUAAAACUAGUUCUGACACCAUUUCUAGAAGAAUUAGAAUAAUCAGAUUGAUGGGUGGAGCUUACACUAUAGUAAAGCAGCUGAAUACAGAGUCCAUAAAUAUUUGGACAUGUAGUGUACUUCAGUCAGUGAGCUGUUUAGCACAGGUAUAGUAGUGUGUGUGUGUGUUCCGCUCUGAUGCAGCCCACACAAUCGCACACACACUAUAACACACACACACAAUCACACACAAACACACACACACACACUGUUAGUAUUACUGUGUAAAUGUGGACAGUUUUGAUUCUGAAGAGGCUUUGCUUCAUCUGAUUGGUGUCAUCAUGCUUGUCUGCACUGGUGGGAUUUUUGAUUGUGUGUGUGUGAUCGUGUGAUGGUGUGUUUUAGUGUGUGUGUGUGUGAGUUUUGAUUGUGUGUGUGAUUGUGUGUGUGUAAUUUUAGAGCUACUUCAGAACUGUAUGCAUAGAAAUACAAACUCAUCUUCAUACAGAUGAAGCCCUUGAGCUGUGUGUGUAGUGUGUGUGUGUGUGUGUUCCCUGCUGAAGUAUACAGUGUCAAUCAAGAGAAGGACAACCUACUUUUCAUAAUAUUUUAUCACAAUUUUUAGGGGGAGGAUGCACCAAAUAUUUGGCAACCAAAGAUAUUUGGCCGACUUAACUAAAACAUUUUACAAAAAAAUAAAAACAAUGUAUUUGAUCAAGUGAUAUAGUAAUAUUAGAUUAAUGUAAUUGGUUGCAUUAAGACAAAUUAAUUUCUGCAAUGGUUAAAAAGUGGCAAAUUAAAGAAGUCCUGCAAAAAUUAAUAUUUGGCAACUGUAAUUAUUCUUCAAAAAAAUAAAAAGACAGAAUUAUUCAAUUUUAAAUACCAUACCAUCCCCUCCAUAACAACCUUCUGCCACCACAGACUGUAGCAAAUGUCCUAGCAACCACCUACCAUACCAUAAAAACCACCUUUAAUGCCAUAGUAGACAUCUAAAACUACACACACUUGCAAACACUCGACACGCUGUAACAAAUGUGUUAAAUUACAUCCUAGCAACCACCUAACAUACCAUAGCAGUCACUAACAAUACUCUGGCAACCACCUACAGUACCAAAACAGUCACCAACAAUACUCUGGCAACCACCUACAGUACCAAAACGGUCACCAACAAUACUCUGGCAACCACCUACAGUACCAAAACGGUCACCAACAAUACUCUGGCAACCACCUACAGUACCAUAGCAAUCACCAACAAUACACUUGCAACCACCUGAGAUGUUAAAAUGUGUCCAUUUAAAAGCCUUUGUUUAAUAUUAUUGUAUUAUAGUCUUUUCAUUUGUCCAUCGGAAUUGAACACUCUGUGCCUUUAUGACUAAUAUAUGUAAAUGACCUCUUUUCUCAUUGGCUGCCAUGUUUUCCAUGUGCCAUUUAAACAGCAGUUCGGGUUGAAACACCCUUAUGAUUGUGGUUCAAACAAGCAACACUAAACUGAGGUUAGCUUAAUGCUGAAAUUGAAUGGGCGGGGCUGGAAUUGAAUGGGCGGGGCUAAAAUACUAUACUAUACUAAACUGCUGUAGGCUGAAUGGGUGGAGCCAAACUAAACUGCUGUAGGCUGAAUGGGUGGAGCUAAACUAUACUAAACUGCUGUAGGCUGAAUGGGUGGAGCUAAACUAAAAUGCUGUAGGCUGAAUGGGUGGAGCUAAACUAAACUAAACUGCUGUAGGCUGAAUGGGUGGAGCUAAACUAUACUAAACUGCUGUAGGCUGAAAGGGUGGAGAUAAACUAAACUGCUGUAGACUGAAUGGGUGGAGCUAAAUUGAACUAAACUGCUGUAUGCUGAAUGGGUGGAGCUAAACUAUACUAAACUGCUGUAGGCUGAAUGGGUGGAGCUAAACUAUACUAAACUGCUGUAGGCUGAAUGGAUGGAGCUAAACUAAACUGCUGUAGGCUGAAUGGGUGGAGCUAAACUAAACUGCUGUAGGCUGAAUGGGUGGAGCUAAGAUGCAGGAUGCAGUACUGUGUUUUUGACUUAUCAGUAGCAAAAAAAUAUAAUGAAUGUAAUUGAGUAUAAUUAGUAUCCAGGCUGUUGAUGGACAGCCUGAGAUCUGAGAGCUGAUUGGACGAAUGCAGUUUAUGAAUAAUGUUAAUAAAGUAAAUGUGAAUGUAUUUUUUAUAUGUUAUUGCCUUUUAUAUUAAUAAACUGUGAAGUAAGUUCUGAUAAGUGCAAA